CCACCACGCAGGUUACCGAGGAAGAAUCAUCUGAAUUCUGAACGUCUGCAACUACAAACGAUUUAAUUAAGCAAACUAGUCUUAUAAAAUAAACACAAACAAUAUAAAUUGAUACACCUUGUAUUUUUACAGCAUUAAAGACAACAGUACUUUAUAAGUUUAAGCGUUUAGUCACAGCGUGUUUAUGGUAGAGUUGACAUGCAAGCGUCAACAUCUGGAGCUAACAAUGAGACAAGAGACCGCAGGUUUACUGAAAAUGAGUCAAAAAUACACUUCAAAGUCUGCCGCUUUAUUAUGGAAACAGGGGUAAAGUUGGGCAUGAGGUCUGUGCCCAUGGCUACAGCAUGUGUGGUGUAUCACAAGUUCUUCAAGUCUGCAAGUCUGCAGGUCUAUGAGCCAUACCUGGUGGCCAUGUCUGCAAUCUACCUCGCAGGCAAAGUAGAGGAGCAGCAUCUCAGAACAAGAGACAUCAUCAAUGUCUGUCACAGGCAUUUUCAUCCAGAAAGUGAUCCACUGGAACUGGAUGGGAAGUUUUGGGAGUUGAGGGACAGUAUAGUACAGUGUGAGCUGCUCAUCCUACGACAGCUUAACUUUCAAGUGACCUUCGAGCAUCCACACAAGUACCUGCUACACUUUCUGCUUUCUGUUAAGAGUCUGUUGAAUCGCCAUGCUUGGUCUCGAACCCCAAUUGCUGAAACGGCCUUGGCUAUGUUAAAAGACAGUUAUCACGGUUUUGUGUGUGUCCGACAUAAGCCUCAACACCUCGCCCUCACCUGCCUCUAUCUUGCUCUCCAGAUGUAUGGAGUGCAGCUUCCCAGGGGCGAGCUAGAAUGGUGGCAGGUGUUUUGUGCAGAUAUCACCAAGGAUGACAUUGAGACCAUCAUGAAUGAAUUACUUCAGCUCUAUGACAUGGAGGCCAAGUGUACUUGAGAGAAAAUAAAUAAGCAGGUAUUAAAACUCUGGCGUGGCAUCCGACACUUCCCACUGUCCAUAUUCCACAGAGACUGUAACUGCCUGAGGUCUAUGACGAUGGUUUAACACAAGCUGGAUCUGCCAUCUCCUGAUGUUGUGAUAUAACCCAAUGAGCUCUAAUUACAUCACAGAGCGUGAAGGUGUAGAAAAGCUUUCCAGGACUGAUUGUGAAGAAUGAUGAGGAGAAUUUAGAUAAGAAUAAGGUUUGGAUGUGGGAGCGUGGCAGUGUGAAAAAACAACAGAAUUUAGCCACACCACAUCAAUCAUUUCCCAGCUACCGACCUACUUUCUUCCUACAUUGUGCUAUUUUCCCCCUAAAGAGAGGAAGUGAAAUAACAUUAGCUGGAUGAAGGUAGAAUGAAACAAAAGAAGUCUGCCAAUCUGUCCUUUUGAGCUGACAUGCAACUGGAUAUGUGCCAUUGCUUUGAUCUUUUAUAGUUUAAUUACUUUCCCUACAGAUACCAAUAAGAUUAUCUAAAAGGCAGUAUUAAUGUAUGGCAUGAUGCAAAAUAUCACAAUUGUAGUAGACGUCAUCAUCAUCAUCAUCUUAGCUCGGGACUGUAAACUCACCAUUUCCGUUGCCUUAUGUAGACAUGAACAGAUUAAAGGACUUUGUAUUUCAAAAUGGUAAUUUUUAAUAAAUAAUGUUUUUUUUACUAAAGCCUUUUUUAUCUAUGAUGUUCUACAUCACAUCAAAUUCCUGUAUGUAGUUAUGUCAGGACAUGGCUCUCGAGUGGAUCUUAAUAAGUUACUAUGGAAACUGCUAUUGUGAAGGAAGCCUUUGAAACAUACAAAUGUGAGACUCCAUUAUAGCACACCUGUCAACCUCGGCACGUCAAAUAAUUGCGCUUGGGAAAAUGUACUAAUUCAGUCAUUAUUUACUAAAUUAGUCAUUGCUUACACGUUAAGCAGCCGAUUUUCCUUAUAGUGUACAACUGUAGAUUGUGUAGAGAGGCAUUUUUGUGAUUUUUUGCAUAAAAUUCACUUGUGCACAUUACAAUCCGUCCAAAAUGAAUGCACGUGCAUUGUUUUUAUUUGUACAUCUAACGUUACAUUCUUGAGGAUGUAUUUGCAUAAAUUGUGUUAAAAACUACAAUUUUGCUAUUCACAGUAUAGUGCAGUGCAGAUAGAUAACCCGUCUUUGCUGUUAGUCAUUUGGGGAUUAAAAAAAAUCUAAACAUUCCUGUUUUACUUUUC